AUGGCAAUUCAAUCCGGCGGCUUCGAAGAAGACGAAUGUUCGCCUCCUAUCUUCCCUGACGACGAUGACGCUCCGCAAAGAGGCACUGGCUUGCUCUCUGGGACCUAUUCCCCCGUUGAUAUCGACGGUCAGGCGAAAGCACUCCGCAAUAAGUCGGCAAUUACCAAAGGCGUUCUUAAGGGCGGAGCUACACUAGAUGAGCCAGUAACUCUGGGCCGGAAGGGGGAGGGUAAAGAUCGUAACGGCUCUAUUCGUAAGGCUAUCCAAAAAUCUGAUACAGUGGCCUUUCGCUCCUCUAGCGCUCGUGGAACCCUAGGAAACUCUAAAAUUGCUAUAACCCCAUCUAACAUCCUAUGGCAUUCUAUGACGGAUGGUGAGUUGGAGUAUGAUGACGUGUCGGUACACCCGCUCGAAAACUUCGAUCUUGACGGCGUCUCGGUUCGUGAUGGUGAUAUUUCGGAACUGGAAAUGGAACCAGUAAGGUCAGCGGCCAGCACUGGCACUGUGAGAAGUGAAAUAGUCCUGGGUUCGGUUCCACGAGUGACUAGUCUGGAGCGUCUUGACGACGCCCUGGACAUGUUCACUGGUCUAUCGGUUAAGAAUUUUUGUUGCUCUGACGUCCUAGACGUCAUAUCGGCCAUCAUUGACCUGCUCCCUGCGGAGCAUACUAUGAGGGCCCCUCAUUGA